UUCAUAUGAGUUUCAAAAUGUUGCUUGAAAUCAAUUUUAAAAGUCUUGAACCAAAUAAUGUGUUAAAAAUAACUCCAACAUUAAGAUUUCAGACCUACACCAAACACAGCCAAAAAAUUUCCUGUUGUAGUUAGAGGCCCUAAAAUUUUAAAUUAUAGAUUACCAAAACAUAUCUCUAGGGUUUCCAUUCGAGUAUGAAUCAAACACAAAUACACAAACACACCACUGACGGCGAAGUGUCUGGGCCGUCGUCCGUCAGGUCUCCGGCGUAGGUAGCGUCGCUGGCGGACGGGAACGUGAAGCACCGCGAUCUGAGCCGGACCACCGCGAUCAAACUACCGCGAUCUGAGCCGGACCACCGCGAUACGGGAGAAGAUGGAGUUGGAAAUUGAACAAGCAGCAAGAACUAGAGCCCUAUCUCACAAAUGGAGAUAUUUGUGGACAUUCACUAGUAGUUUGAUAUUCAAAUUUUGCGAUUGGCAGAUAGUGGAUCAUGAAGAUAAGUUAUUUGGUCUUAAAUGCAGGCAAUUUGUUGAUUGGGUUAAUCAUAUCUUGAAGUUUCAUCGUGAUGUGACAAGGGAAGUUUUGGAAUACAUUUUGUUCGUUUGCCCAUUGCUUGAAGAGUUAUCUAUAUUGCAUUCACGAUCUUUGGUAAAUUUUGCAGUUUCUGGGCCUUUAUUCAAGCUAAAGUACUUAAAGAUCGAAGGUUGCUUCUGUUUGAAAAGUGUUGAUAUUUAUGAUGCAAAUCUAGUGUCGUUUAAAUACAGCGGACUAAAGACCUACAUUGCGUUUAAAAACACACUGCAUCUUGUUAAGGCAUCUUUUGAUGGGCCUUAUGCUUGCAAUUUUGUUAAGAACUUUAUACAGGUUUCAAGCUAUCUCCUUCAACUAGAGACACUUGUAUUGAACUUGAGUUGGGGACUUAAGAAGUUGAGAUGCUUCCCUAGAUUUCCCAAGUUAAGGAAUCUCAGGCAGUUGGAAUUGAUGCUCAAUCCUGGUGUCUCUAGGCUCCUUUGUGCAUACUUGCUAAGGGCGUCUCCUUUAUUGAGGAUACUUAAAAUUGAGUUUUGGGACUUCAAGGACUCCACAAAAGAAACGAAGAUACGAAGGCCAAAACAUCUACAUAAAAGCCUGAAGGUGCUUGAAUUGAAUGGAUUUAUUGGAUGCAAAGCUGAUCUGCAGAUUGCCUCAUACAUACUCGGCAGUACUGUGUCACUUCGGGAGAUAAUCAUUGAUCCCAGCCAUCCAAAUAAAUGGGCACCUGAAGAUCCUGACAAGCAACAGCUGGCUAGAACUCAUGCCAGGCAGCACUUGGAAACAAGAUUACCUUUUGGGACACAAUUGGUGUUGAGAUAACGAUUUAUGAACUUCUUCGCUCGUAUCUACUUGUACACUGGGUCUUCAAGGAUAUAAGUUUUUAUUUUAUUUUUUGGGGCACAAUCUCCUAGUGGUGAGAAAACUAAUAUUAGUUAUUAGAGUAAUGCUAGAGACCCCAAAUAUUCUAUUAAGAGUUUUACCAAAUGUCUCACAUGGGUGUGGGACCCACAUAAUGUGGAUCCUAUGUGGGUCCCACAUUGAGACAUUUGGUAAAAUUUUUGGUAGAAUUUUUAGAGCCUCUAGCAUUUUUGUAGUUAUUAUGAAUAUUAUUGAAAUCGGUGUUCAAUCUGAACUUUGAAUUUGAGAUGAAGGUUAUGUACAAUAAGGUGUGGUGUUAUUAUUAUUAGUUGGCUGGGGGAUUAUUUGAUUUUUAUUUUUAUUUUCCCCCUUGUGGCAAGAAAUUUGGCGGUAAAUUUAGCAAAAAUAUUGCUAGUAGUACAAGCAAUUGAUCACUGCUCGUCUAGGAAAUACCUUAUCGUGCUCCAUUUUUAAUGAAGCUUGGGGCAUCAUCCAGUGUUUCUAACAUU